AGGUUUUGGUUUCCAAGGUCAGGUGUCAAGUGUUAAUCUUUUAGCUCAACAAGGAAGGCAGGGGCACAUGUAUCCUUCAACUUUAGGAGAUUGUGACAGUGUUCCACAUAGAAACUCCUCUGCUAGCAUUGGGAUGGAUUCUCAGUUUGAUGCUCACCCAAUGCUUGGACUAGAACACUAAUUUGUAUCAUCUGACAGUCAUGGUUCCCAUGAUGACGAUGAUUCUCGGAUGGAAAGAAAACGCAAGAGUGAAGAGGCAAGAAUUGCUAGGGAAGUUGAAGCCCAUGAGAAACGGAUACGGAAAGAACUGGAGAAACAAGAUGUGUUGGGGCGGAAGAGUGAAGAACAAAUGAGGAAAGAAAUGGAGAGGCAUGCCCGUGAAAGACGGAAGGAAGAAAAGAGACUAAUGCAUGAAAUGCAGAAAAAAGAGGAGAGAUUCCUCUGGGAGCAAAGGCGUGAAAAUGAGCGAAGGGAGAAGUUUUUGCAGAAAGAAAUUUUGAGAGCUGAGAAGAUGAGGCAGAAAGAAGAACUUCGUAGAGAAAAGGAGGUUGCAAGACUGAAAGCUGCUAAUGAACGAGCUACUGCUUGCAGAAUUGCUAAAGAAUCCAUGGAACUUGUUGAGGAUGAAUGCUUGGAGUUGCCCUCAAUCAUUUCUCUUGACAUUGAUACAUUGCAAAACCUGGAUAUAUUCAGAGAUAUGUUGAGUACAUUUCCUCCCAAGUCUGUGCCAUUAAAAAAACCUUUUGCCAUCCAACCUUGGACUGAUUCAGACAAAAACGUAGGGAAUCUUCUCAUGGUUUGGAAGUUUUUUAUCACUUUUGCUGAUGUUCUAGAGCUUUCGCCUUUUACUCUUGAUGAGUUUGUUCAAGCUUUUCAUGAUUAUGUAAGUUCUAUAUGAGGUCUUGGAUUAGUCAGAUUCACACUUUUACUUUGCUGCAUUUGUCAUUUCUUGGUACUCAUGGAUUUAGUACUUUCAAACUCUUCAGGAUCAAAGGUUGUUAGGGGAGAUACAUGUUGCUCUUCUAAGAUGCAUCAUAAAAGAUAUUGAAGAUGUUGCGAGGAUGCCUUCUAUUGGAUUAGGAGCAAAUCAAUAUAGUCUUGCUAAUCUUGGUGGUGGGCAUCCACAGGUUGUUGAAGGGGCAUAUGCAUUGGGGCUUUGAUAUACGCAGCUGGCAGCGCCACCUGAAUCCAUUGACAUGGCCUGAAAUACUCCGUCAGUUUUCAUUGUCUGCUGGAUUUGGACUGCAACUGAAGGAAAGUAUAGGAAGUGAAUUAUAUCAA